AUGGACACCGGGGUCGACUCGCUCGCCCACAAGAUUGUCGCGGCGUACAACAGACUCCAUUUUGCUCACGCGACCUUCCUCCCCGCCCUCUCCAUCUGCAGGUUGACGCCGGACCGCCGCCUCCUCGUUGCCGUUGCCGGCCGCCCCGGCUCAGGCAAGUCGACAUUGGCGUAUCCUCUGGCCGACCGAGUCAACGAGCUCAUCUUGGGGCGUCCCGUGGCGCACCCGGCGGCUAUCGACGGCGAGACGGCCGUGGCAGCUCCGAACGCUGCGUUGGGAACUGGCGACGAAGUGGCCAUUUGCGUCGGGCAGGACGGGUGGCACUACACUCGUCAACAACUGGACGAGUUUCCCGACCCAAAACUCGCACACUGGCGUCGGGGAGCGGCAUUCACAUUCGACCUGCCUGCGUACUCGGCCUUCAUCGACGCGCUCCGCAUCCCCCUCCUCCCUACUCCACCACCUGCCAUCCCCUUCCCGACCUUUGACCACAAGCUCAAGGACCCGCGCCUGUCACCCGUCCCCGUCACUGCGCACCACCGCAUCGUCAUCGUCGAGGGGCUGUACACCCUCCUCUCUGAGCCUGGAUGGUGCGAGUGCGCCGCCCAGAUGGAUAUGCGCGUGUGGGUCGAGGUCCCCCGCGACGUCGUCCUCCGCCGCGUCCUCAAGCGCAACAUGCAAGCUGGGAUCGUGACCGAUCCCGAGACGGCGCGGUUGCGAGUCGACCAGAGCGACAUGGCCAAUGGCGACGACGUCUAUGCCUACCGGUACUUGCCCACAGAUACCAUCUAUCCCGAGGACCACCCGCAGUAUUAA